UGCUCUUACCCAUCUUUCAUUCUCCCCUGCAGCCCGUUCGAUCCCGUGAUAUCGCAACUCCACAUCGAUGCCGCCGUCGCCGCCGGCGAUCUCGCCGGCGCGGCUGCACAAGCUGGUGACCGCGCAGACGGACCCGCUCCUGGCGCUCGAGCUCGUCACCGUCACCUCCCCGACAACCACGCCGCACCCGGCCACCCUCCACUCGCUGCUCCUCCGCCUCUCCCGCCGCCAGGACCACCUCCCGCACGCGCUCGCCCUCCUCCGCCGCCUGCCGUCCCCGCCCUCCCCGCGCCUCCUCCUCCCGCUGCUCCUCUCCGUCCUCCGCCUCCGCCGCCCGCCCCACCUCUUCCUCUCCACCUUCACCACCCUCUUCGUCUCCGGCCCCAGCCCGCUCUCGCUCCACCCGCAGCUUCUCCUCCGCCUGCUCUCCGCCCUCUCCUCCACCGCCGCCCACUUCCCCUCCGCGCUGCACCUCCUCCGGCUCGUCUCCUCCCGCCUCCCCCUCCCCGCGCCGCUCGUCCUCGCCUCCCACAACCUGCUCAUCGAGGCCGCCGCCCGCGCCGGCCACCUCGCCGUCUCGCUCUCGCUCCUCCACCGCCUGCGCUCCCUCCACGUCUCCCCCGACGCCGACACCUACCGCAUGCUCACCCAGUCCCUCUGCCGCCGCGGCCAGGUCCGCACCGCCACCACCCUGCUCGACGAAAUGCUGCACAGGGGCAUCCCUGCCGACCCGCUGGCCUACACCACAGUGCUCAACGCCCUCUGCCGCAAGAAGCAGCUCCGGGAGGCCUACCGGCUGCUGUGCCUCAUGCGAGGCCGCGGGGUCUCUCCUGACAUCGUGCAUUACAACACCGUCAUCGCCGGAAUGUGCCGUGAGGGGCGGCCUCUGGAUGCCUGCAAGGUGAUCGGGGAUAUGACGGAUAGUGGCUGUGUUCCGAAUGUGGCGUCGUAUGCAGCGGUGGUCAAUGGAUUGUGCAUCAGUGGGCUGUUUGGCAAGGCAGAGACUUACUUGGAAGAUAUGGUGGGUAAAGGGAUUCUGCCACAUUUUUCAGUGUUCCAUUCGGUGAUUAAGGGGUGCUGUACAGUUGGCAAGGUAGAGGAGGCUGCAAGGAUGAUGAAUCGGAUGCUUCAACUUGGUAUGGCUCCACAUGUUGAGACAUGGAGCUCAGUGAUCAGAAGCGUUUGUAACGACGAGGACUAUGUUGAGCUGAUUUUGUUGCAAAUGAUAAAAAAAUGCAGCACUGCUCGAAUAUGAUGUCGAGGGGUACCCGUUGAUGAUGGUCUGUGGCACGGAGGCAGGAAUGCUAGAAGCCAUCAGUUGAGUUCUUUAUAUUCUGGCGUGAUAUAACAAUCAGCUUUGUGAAAGAUAACAAGACACAGUGCAAAAAGUGGAGCGCAAGGACAUCUUUUCUUCUAGAAUACAGCUGCUUGACAAACCACCACGUUUCUCAAAGGUGAGACCAUGGUCACAUAUUACCUAAGGGGUAGCUGAUGUGGUGGUGAUCAAAAUGCUUAAUUUGAAGCCAGUAUGGAUAAAAAAGACAGAUCCAUACUUGGUUACAAGGUUAGCGAAGUAAGCGUGGAUGUCAUGGCUGAGGAAACAGAGGCUGUCAACCAUUGAGAGUGCCAGCGACUAAGCAAUUGCAAGCUGCUUCAGCAACGACGGAUGAAUCUGAAAAAGUUUGAGGUACCCUGAGAAACAUAUUUUCCAUCUUGUGACUGAUAGAACUUUGGAGCCAUGAACAUGUUUAGAAUGUGGAGGAAUUCAAGUGGUUGAACUCAUCAUACUGCCCUGUUUUGUGGUAACUGGAGUCCGCUGCCAUGAAAGAGUACUAUUUCAAGACUGAUCGCCCCACCAUUCUUUCAGCAGGUUCUUCAAACCUAAAGUAGCGUAACCGCAAGUACUUAUCCAUGCUGAAUCACCUGAGAUUUUAUCUCCCAGAUCUAUCCGAGGUUGGAUAAAAUACUUUUUAUCGAUGAUGACAUAGUUGUGCACAAAGAUUUGACAGGAUUUUGAGAUGUUGAUCUAAUUGGGAAGGUGAAUGGUGCAGUGGAGACAUGUGGAGAGAGUUUCCACCGUUUUGACAAGUAUCUUAAUUUUUCCAAUCCACAUAUUUCUCGGAACUUUAUCCUAAUGCUUGUGGUUGGGCUUACGGGAUGAACAUCUUUGUUCUGGAGCAGUGGAGGAAUAAAGAUAUUACCUAGAUCUACCGCAUGUGGCAAAAAAUUGUGAGAUUGCAAAUAUUAUCGUCGUUUGUAGUUCGAACACACCAUCAUAUCUCACAUUGUCCUACUGUUCUAUUGUGGUAGAAUGAAGACAGGGUUCUUUGGAAGCUCGGGACACUCCCACCUGGCUUCAUCAUGUUCUACAAGCUGAUACAUCCCCUCGAUAAAUUGUGGCAUGUCCUCGGAUUAGGAUUCAACCAAGGCACCGCUGAGAGAUAGACAAUGCUGUUGUCGCUCACUACAAUGGGAAUAUGAAGCCAUUGUUGGAGUAGGCAAUGACCAUUUACUAGCCAUAUUGGACACGGUAUAUGAAGUAUGAUCACCCUUAUAUCCGCGGGUGCAACUUGAGUAACUAGAAACGAGAGGAUCACCCAUCUGGAGCAGAAGUGCCCCGUUCUCCCUGAGGUAUGUACGUAGAUUAAGCCAGGUAAGCCAGGUAGUACGUAGAUUAAGCCAGGUAGUAUAAGCUGGAGCUAUUGGUUGCAUACACCCUCUGAAAAUUUGUGAUGGAAGCCCUCAUGAAGGAUGUGUUACAGUCUUAACAUUUUUCUUUGUUCAAUUGAUGUGCAACUUUGUUUCGUCAAUAAGAUCAUGAUAAACCUGUUAAAUAUAUGUUCCUGGGGUCA